ACUGUGCACGGCAGGCCGGUCGAACGCCACAUCAGUUCUAAACUUAAUUAACAAUAAAAGUGGGCUAAAACCAGCUAAAACUUUGGUGGAAAAGUGUAAACCUCUUAAGGAGGUUCUUCUUUGUGUUGGCGCAACCGUUAUGUGCGUAGCCAGAAUCUCGUAGCAAAACGUAAAGUGCCAAACAACAAUGUUACGUGCCGCAUCUAUGUGUGUGUCUGUGUUGGGGCUCCUGGGGUUACUUGCGGCUCCGUCGUCCGCCGAAUCGAGUCAGAGCUAUCCAAUCACCACACUGAUCAAUGCCAAAUGGACACAGACACCGCUAUACUUGGAGGUGGCCGAAUAUCUGGCCGAUGAGCAGGCGGGCCUGUUCUGGGACUACGUACAGGGAGUGACCAUGGACACGGCAUUGAAUGAAUACGAUACCGAAUCGCAGCAGUAUAAUGCCGCCUUGGAGCUGGUGAAGAGCCACGUGAGUUCGCCCCAGUUGCCGCUGCUUAAGCUGGUCGUGUCCAUGCACAGCCUGACGCCCCGAAUUCAGACGCAUUUCCAACUGGCCGAGGAACUGCGCAGCGGUGGCUCCUGCCAGGGCUACACCUUUGUCCAGGUGGGCACUGAAUUGGCUUGCAGUUUCAAUGAGUUGCAGAAAAAGUUGGAUUUGCCGCUGGCCAAGGACAGUUUGGAUGCUCCGGUGGUAACCUACAGCUUUGAUCACAUCUUCCCCGGCAGUGAGAACAAUACACGGACCGUGGUGUUGUAUGGAGACCUGGGCAGCUCUCAGUUCCGUACCUAUCACAAGCUGCUGGAGAAGGAAGCGAAUAACGGUAAGAUUCGAUAUAUUCUACGUCAUCAGUUGGCUAAGAAAACGAGACCGGUACGUCUUUCUGGCUACGGCGUGGAACUCCACCUGAAGUCCACGGAAUACAAGAGCCAAGAUGAUGCACCCAAGCCUGAGGCGGGCGCAUCUUCUGACGAGGAUUUGGCCAAUGAAUCGGAUGUUCAAGGUUUCGAUUUCAAAGUGCUAAAGCAGAAGCAUCCCACGCUGAAGAGGGCGCUGGAUCAGUUGCGUCAAAGACUCCUGCAGGGCAAUGACGAGAUUGCGCAGCUGAAAGCCUGGGAAUUCCAGGACCUGGGUCUUCAGGCAGCCGCUGCUAUAGCCGAGAUUCAAGGUGAUGAGACCUUGCAAAUUCUGCAGUACACUGCACACAAUUUCCCCAUGUUGGCCAGAACUCUGUUGGCCCACAAAGUGACGGAUGCGCUGAGGGCGGAGGUAAAGCACAACACCGAGGCGUUUGGCCGAAGCUUGAACGUGGCGCCACCAGAUGGUGCUCUGUUUAUCAACGGACUCUUCUUCGACGCGGAUACCAUGGAUUUGUACUCCCUAAUUGAGACGCUGCGGUCGGAAAUGCGCGUCCUUGAAAGCCUGCACAGCAAUAACGUGAGGGGUAAUUUGGCUAGCUCCCUACUGGCUUUGGAUCUCACCGCAUCCAGCAAAAAGGAGUUUGCCAUCGACAUCCGUGACACGGCAGUGCAGUGGGUAAAUGAUAUCGAGAACGAUCCACAGUACCGGCGGUGGCCAUCGUCUGUGAUGGAUCUCCUGCGGCCCACAUUCCCUGGCAUGCUGAGAAACAUCCGAAAAAAUGUAUUCAACUUGGUGUUGGUGGUCGAUCCCCUGCAGCCGACAGCCAGAAGCGUGAUUAAGCUAUCCGAAUCGUUUGUCAUUCAUCAAGCUCCCAUUCGCUUGGGCCUGGUCUUCGACGCCAGGGAUGCCAGUGAGGAUAAUCGAGAGGAUUACAUAGCCAUCAGUUGUGCCUUUAACUAUGUGAGUCAGAAGAAGGAUGCCCGAGCUGCUCUGAGUUUCCUCACGGACAUCUAUGCAUCCGUUGGCGAGACGAAGGUCGUAACGAAAAAGGAUAUUGUGAAACAGCUCACCAAGGAGUUCACCACUCUCAGCGCCAGCAGGGCGGAGGAGUUCUUGGAGGAGGAUGGCACCUACGAUUAUGGCCGAGAGUUGGCCGCUGAGUUCAUUCAACGUUUGGGCUUCUCCGACAACAAGGGACAGCCGCAAGCCCUGCUCAAUGGUGUCCCCAUGCCGAGCAACAUUGUGACCGCCGAUAGUGACUUUGAAGAGGCCAUCUUUACGGAAAUUAUGAGUCAUACCACCAACCUGCAAAAGGCCGUAUACAAAGGUGAAAUGACCGACAGCGAUGUGGCCAUUGACUAUCUAAUGAAUCAGCCACACGUAAUGCCCAGAUUGAAUCAAAGGAUUCUCAGCCAGGAGGAUGUGAGAUAUUUGGACAUUAAUGGUGUCGCCUACAAGAAUCUGGGGAAUGUUGGUGCCUUGAAUCGUCUCUCCAAUCGGGAUAUGACCGCCACGUUGAUGGAGAAUCUCAAGUACUUUGGUGGCAAGAAGUCCACGGAGCAAAUUGGUCGCUCAUCGCUGCAGUUCCUCACGAUUUGGGUAUUUGCUGACUUGGAUACAGAAGAGGGCCGAUCCCUGCUCACGCACGCCCUCGAGUAUGUUCAAAGCAGCGAAAGUGUCCGCUUGGCUUUUAUUCCUAAUACAGAAAGCGUCUCCGCCAAGUCCGACAAGAAGAACCUCAAUCGUUUGGCCUGGGCCGCCGUGCAGAGCCUGCCGGAGCCCAGUCAAGCCACGGAGCUGGUUCUCAAGUGGCUGAAGAAGCCGAAGGAGAAGAUUGAGAUACCCGCGCAGCUGGAGGAUAUACUUGGUUCCACGGAGCUUCACCUGAAGAUGUUGCGAGUGUAUUCGCAGCGUGUUCUUGGUCUGACCAAGUCCCAGCGCUUGGUUAUUGGCAAUGGACGUCUGUACGGACCUCUGGCCGCCGAGGAGACCUUUGAUAGCGCCGACUUUGCCUUGCUGGCCCGUUUCAGUUCCCUGCAAUAUGGCGAUAAAGUGCGUCAAGUGCUCAAGGAAUCGGCUCAAGAUGUCCGAGAGGAAUUCACCAGCGACACCCUGCUCAAGCUAUACGCAAGCCUACUUCCUCGGCAGACUAAGACGCGUUUCAAGUUACCCACGGACCUGAGAUCGGAUCAUUCGGUUGUGAAGCUGCCACCCAAGCAGGAGAAACUUCCUCACUUCGAUAUAGCAGCUGUUUUGGAUCCCGCAUCGCGAGCAGCUCAGAAGCUAACACCUAUCCUGAUACUCCUACGCCAGGUUUUGAACUGCCAAUUGAAUCUCUAUUUGAUUCCCGUGCCCCAGCAUAGCGAUAUGCCCGUGAAGAAUUUCUACAGAUAUGUGGUGGAGCCUGAAGUGCAAUUCGAAUCAAGUGGCAGUCGAUCGGAGGGACCUUUGGCCAAGUUCAGUGGAUUGCCCGCCAAUCCUUUGCUCACCCAACAGUUGCAGGUUCCCGAAAACUGGCUGGUGGAGGCUGUAAGAGCUGUUUACGAUUUGGAUAACAUCAAGCUGACCGAUAUCGGUGGACCCGUGCACAGUGAAUUCGAUUUGGAGUACUUGCUAUUGGAGGGACACUGCUUCGAUGCCGCCAGUGGAGCUCCGCCCAGAGGAUUGCAGUUGGUUUUGGGCACUCAGAGUCAACCGUCGCUGGUGGACACCAUUGUAAUGGCAAAUUUGGGUUACUUCCAGCUGAAGGCCAAUCCCGGAGCUUGGUCCCUGCGACUUCGUGAUGGAAAAUCCUCGGAUAUCUAUGGAAUAAGUCACAUUGAAGGCACCAAUACCCAUCACACGGCUGGAUCAUCGGAAGUUCAAGUUCUAAUUACUUCUCUGCAAUCCCAUGUCAUUAAGCUGAGAGUCGCUAAAAAACCUGGAAUGCAGCAAGCGGAACUCCUCGCCGAUGACAACGAACCGGCGGCACAAUCGGGCAUUUGGAACAGCAUCGCCAGCAGCUUUGGCGGUAGCAAUGGCAACCAAGCGGUUACUGAUGAGGACACGGAAACCAUUAAUAUCUUCUCUGUGGCCUCGGGACAUUUGUAUGAACGUCUGCUGAGGAUUAUGAUGGUGUCCCUGCUGAAGCACACCAAGUCCCCGGUGAAGUUUUGGUUCCUAAAGAACUACCUUUCGCCUCAGUUCACAGAUUUCCUGCCGCACAUGGCCAGCGAGUAUAACUUCCAGUAUGAAUUAGUCCAGUACAAGUGGCCACGUUGGCUUCAUCAGCAGACGGAGAAGCAGAGGACCAUUUGGGGCUACAAGAUCCUCUUCUUGGACGUACUGUUCCCGCUGAAUGUGAGGAAGAUUAUUUUCGUGGAUGCCGAUGCCAUUGUGCGAACUGAUAUCAAGGAACUGUAUGACCUGGAUCUCGGAGGAGCGCCCUAUGCCUAUACACCAUUCUGUGAUUCCCGCAAGGAGAUGGAGGGCUUCCGGUUCUGGACAGGGUACUGGAGGAGUCACCUGAUGGGCCGACGGUACCACAUUUCUGCCUUGUAUGUGGUCGACUUGAAGAGGUUUAGGAAAAUUGCAGCUGGAGACAGGUUGAGAGGUCAAUACCAGGCUCUCAGCCAGGAUCCCAACAGCUUGUCCAAUUUGGAUCAGGAUUUGCCCAAUAAUAUGAUCCACCAGGUGGCCAUCAAGUCACUGCCCGACGAUUGGCUCUGGUGUCAGACAUGGUGCAGCGACACCUCCUUCAAAACUGCCAAGGUGAUCGAUCUGUGCAAUAAUCCGCAAACCAAGGAGGCCAAACUGACGGCCGCCCAGAGGAUUGUGCCCGAGUGGAAGGACUACGAUGGUGAGCUGAAGACUUUAAUGGCUCGCAUCGAGGACCAUGAGAAUACGCAUGGCAGUAGGGAUAGCAACGAUGAUGAUCCAAUAGUGCAAGAUCCGCUGGAGGUCACCACGGUGACGCCUUCGCAUGAGCCCAAACACGGCGAGCUGUGAUCCACGCCCGUAGUUAAAUCAAACGAGUUUUAGUGAAUUUAAGUCCGGAUAUCAACACAACUUGAUUACUACUUUAGCUAAGACACCCCCCGCCCCAUCCCUCGACACAUAAUUGUACAUUUUAAUUAGAAUCUACUCACAAAUAUCGACUCACUAAAGAAGUCUGAAAAUUUUCUUUUUGAUUUCGUUUUCUUGUCUUGCAUUCCAAGCGCUCUAUGGCCACUAAUUGAAUUAAGCUGAAAAUAUGUAAAAUGUCAUAAAGCAGAAUGCGCCUUUAAGUUAAAAGUUCUUUGAAAUGUAUUAAAAGCUGUGGAGUAAAUAGUAA